ACACGUGCCCGAUGGGCGCCGCGUGCAGAGAUGUCCGCGCGCCUCCUGCUCCUGCUGGCGGCCGCCAGCUCGCGAGGCGCCAUCCAGGGGCCAGCCGGCGUGGUCACCGCCGUGACCCCACCACGUGACCCCGGCAGACAGGCUGACCCGUACCUCCAGCCCUCUCUCGCCCUGCAGCACCUGGUGCCCCACAGCGCGACCACGCUGCCCUCCGACGGCCGCCUGCUGAGGCUGCUGAAGCUGCUCGCCGACAACCAGCAGCUCAGCCCCGAGUACCAGCAGCUGCUGUGGCAGCCGUGCCUGCUGCUCGGCGACCGCUGCUCCACCACCUACUACCGCCGUCCAGGCCGCCGCUGCAGCUGCAGCUGAGCCCUCAGACAGCGCCAUCGCCGCUCCUCGUGUGCGGCGCUCCUGGAACACGAGCCUGAGAGUCCUCGCGGCCACUGCUCAAGUCGACGAGUGUUUCCUAUUCUUGUUGUUUAACAAGUUAAUUACAAUGUGAAUAAUAAAGUGGUUAUCGCGGGAUAUCACUUCAAUAUUCCCUUGUAUUCUGAAUCCUGUUUUAAAAAAAAAAAAUUAAACCUGCUAUAUAUUGUUCGCAUUAAAUGUCUUGUAAACCU